CCGGAGAGUCCCCUCGUCUGCCCGACGUCGGCUCACAAAUACCGUGCGGCAGGCAGGUGCUUGCUUGUAAGCUCUUUCUGGGACGGCAGGCGAUCUGCGUCAGCUCAGAGCUACCAACCAUCCCAUCCCAUCCCGACCGCGUCGCAUCAGCCACGAACCUCGACCACAGAAGCUCCGCAACCGAUGAAGCACCGGUGACAAUGUCGAUGCUCUCCAUGCAGAGGGCCCUCGUGCCCACCAUGCGGCAAGGCCUCGCCGCCCACACCACACCCGCACACUCGGCCCGUGUGCUCGCUUCCUCGGCUACCCGCAGCCUCGCCGCCUCCCACAAGCUCCCCAGCUCCCCCUCCUCCUCGAUACCACGAAGCUUCUCCCAGUCCGCGACGCCCCGCGCCCCCAACCCCUCGAUAUUAGGCAUCUCCGGCCCAGGGGGGCCCGGCUUGACCACCUCCUACUUCCAGAAACCCUCCCUCCCCGCCAACACCAUCAUCCGCUUCGUCCCGCAGCAGACGGCAUGGAUCGUCGAGCGCAUGGGCAAGUUCAACCGCAUCCUCGAGCCCGGUCUUGCUAUCCUGGUGCCCUUCAUCGACCGCAUCGCCUACGUCAAGUCUCUCAAGGAGAUUGCUAUCGAGAUCCCCAGCCAGAGCGCCAUCACCGCCGACAAUGUCACGCUUGAUCUGGACGGCGUCCUGUACACCCGGGUCUUUGAUGCCUACAAGGCGAGCUACGGCGUCGAAGACGCCGAGUACGCCAUCUCCCAGCUCGCCCAGACCACAAUGCGAAGCGAGAUCGGCCAGUUGACCCUCGACCACGUCCUCAAAGAGCGCGCCGCUCUCAACACAAACAUCACCGCCGCCAUCAACGAGGCCGCCCAGGCCUGGGGCGUCACAUGUCUGCGCUAUGAGAUCCGUGACAUUCACGCCCCCGUCGGCGUCGUCGAGGCCAUGCACAGGCAGGUCACCGCCGAGCGCAGCAAGCGGGCCGAGAUCCUCGAGUCCGAGGGUCAGCGCCAGAGCGCAAUCAACAUCGCCGAGGGCAAGAAGCAGAGCGUUAUCCUGGCCUCCGAGGCGCUGCGCGCCGAGCAGAUCAACCGCGCAAACGGAGAGAGCGAGGCCAUCCUGCUCAAGGCCAAGGCCACGGCCGCAGGGAUCGACGCCGUGUCCAAGAGUAUCGCCCAGGGCCAGGAUGCGGCACAGGGUGCGGUCAGCCUGUCGGUUGCCGAGAAGUAUGUCGAUGCGUUUGGCAAGCUGGCCAAGGAGGGCACUGCCGUGGUGGUGCCGGGUAAUGUCGGGGACAUUGGCGGCAUGAUCGCCACAGCCCUCAGCGUGUACGGCAAGGUCGGGGAUGUGCAGGCCAAGGCCACGGCGAGGAAGGCGCUGGAGCACAACAACGUCAUCGAGCCCGGGUCCGACGCCGAGGCCGCCUCGGCCCCCGUCUCUGACAAGGACAGCAUCGUGGCCGACUUCGACAAGGCUGCGAGGAGAUAGGAUGAACUCAAAGCACGCUCGGCAGAAAUAGAGAAGGGGUUUUUCGACUAUGUUGGAGCCCAAACACUGCGUGUGUGAAAGGCGCUGCUCGGGUGGAGCAGAAGUGAUUCAUCGGCUAAGGGUACAUCUCUAGGACAAGUGGGAAGGACACAUCCGUAUAGGUCACCCCGCCCUCCUUGUAUAAAAUCAGGCGAAACGGAACGAGGAGGUUUGUCCACACUCAGCAUGGGAUGGACAGGAAAGGCAUUUCUGACAGCAGGCGGAAAGAAAAAAACCACACGCGUAAUUUUCCGUGUUUUGUAUAUGUACUUCUCAAAAGGAGCUAGGAGCAUCGCGACUCAACGGUCUGUCUGGUGGACGCCCGGGGCCGGGCUUCACGAAUCCCACGUCAUAUGAAACUA